AUGUGGCCCAGUUAUCAGCAUCGACGUCGGAAAGCACAAACUGAUGGCGUUAGUCCGUUCUGGUGGAUCAUCCUCCCCCAACUAUGCCUCCUGCUACUCCUCAUGCUCUACCUGGUAGUCGGCGCCCUAAUCUUUCGUAUGCUCGAUAAAGAUUUGGCCGAGCAGAAGAUCUGGGAUGUCAUUUUGUUCGAGUACGGAACGAUCGCGACUAUAGGCUGGGGCAACGUUUAUCCAAGCACAGAGAAAGCACGGCUUUUCGCUUGUUUAUAUGCUUUAAUCGGGAUUCCGUUAUUUUUGCUGUACAAUGACAUCUACUUCUCCUUCAUCUCAUUCACUACGGUUGGAUUUGGAGAUACGUCCCCAGUGGUGAACAACGUUCCCGAGCUCGUCUUCACGAUCGUCUACCUAACCUGGGGAAUCGUGUUGACGACAGCGUUAUUUCGUGGACUUCACGAUUUUAUGAAAAAGGUCCACUACCUAGGACGUCGCUUUCGUGGAGCUCGCGACGUUCCGGUGUAUAUCGGAGGUCAACAAGUCACCGUCAGCAGUCUGAUGGCAGCUGUGGCAAAGGAGUUUGACGUAGCCUUGAUGCCACUGCCCUACAGCCCGGAUCGAUCGAAAUUCGACUCGGAGCACUACUACUUGUUUCAGAUAAAUUUUACGCUUCGCGCAAUUGCGGUGCCAGUUUUGGCAAUCGCCGUAAUGGCCAGCCUGUGCGCCAUGUUCCUGAUGUGCAGAACCUGGGAGUUUCAUCGGAAUUUCGCGCAAUUAUACCUUAACUCGAUGAUGCUCACCGUUAUAGCUGAGGCGGCCGCGGUGGUACAGAUGAUUUUUGAGAUGUUCGAUGACCCGGAUUACCAAACUGCCAUCACAAUCUGUCUUUGGGUCCGUAACUACCACAUCUGUAGCGUGGUAAUCACGUUAAAUGUUGUGAUGACCGAGAGGCUAUUCGCUACGUACUUUAUAGCAAACUAUGAGGCGCAUCGCUAUUGGUGGGUGGCAGCUGGAUGCGUCGGCUAUGUCCAUCUAAUGUCUGCCGCCUGGAAUUUUUUGUGGUCAUUAGACCUCAUUCAAGUCGACGUAACCGUCGCGAUUGCCUUGAUAAGCCAUGUUUUCCCGCUAUUGGUCAUCUACAAAGUGCAUCGCCUUAAUCGUCGACUCGAAGAGAAGCGGUUGAGCCAAAUCGCGUGGGCAAAAUAUUCGCUGUCGCAAAGAUUCCAGCUUCAUGAGAAUCUGCGCACUAUCAUUUUCGUGCGCAACGUCUACAUCUUCACCGUAUGCUUCGAUUUCCCGAUUCUCGGAUUUAUCUGGCUGUAUUCGGCGGCGGAUAGCGAGACGGCGAGGUGCUUCUGGGCCACAUUUGCUGAUGCGCUAUGUCUGGGGUACGCCAUUCACUACCCACUCCUCUACGCGAUCUCCAGCCCCCGGUGUACCGAAGUCUUGAAAAGCUAUAUACAACGAUUAGUCCCUCAUCGGGGCAGGAUCGGGGUAUCCUACAAGCCCCCACCCGACAAGCGUGAUCUCGGCCAAAUCGAGCAGGAUAACCACUUUGCGUAUUUACACGAACUUUGGGAUGUGCGGAUUUCGGCU